AUGGCGAGAGCACGGGGCAAGGAUGAUUUCGAUAGUUUUAUCUCCAAGGCUCCUAUCGCACUUGCAGAGGCGUACCCACGGCUUAGCCGUAUGGCUAUCGAUAUCGUGUCUGUACCAGUAGAAUCAGCAGAGCCAGAGCGGACCUUUUCGGGGGCCAGGCGCACAGCUAGAUGGGAUAUGCUACGAUUGCUGAUUGAGAGCAUUGAGAAGAUUGAGUGUAUCGGCAAUUAG